AUGGCAUCGUGCGAGGACCAGUGGAUCAGUGUCCUGCUGACACAUCAUCCACCCAGGUGCCCUGCGAGUGAUUUCGAGUACGCCGACGAUGUUGUUAUACUCGCGGAAAGCAGCACGAAACUUCAGUAUGCUGUCAACGUUGCAUCGAAGAUGGCUGCAACCUAUGGACACCGUCUACGCCCUGAUAAAUGCAAGCAGAUGUGGGUCUCUUCGAGUCCUCGAACGGCAAUUAGGGUUGACAGAUAA